UUUCCUUUCCUUUCCUUACAGUGAGAGUUCAGAAUGAGCUAUGCAGAAAAACCUGAUGAAAUCACAAAAGAUGAAUGGAUGGAAAAACUCAAUAAUUUGCACAUCCAGAGAGCAGAUAUGAACCGCCUUAUCAUGAACUACCUUGUUACAGAGGGCUUUAAAGAGGCAGCAGAGAAGUUUCGAAUGGAGUCUGGAAUUGAGCCCAGUGUUGACCUAGAGACUCUGGAUGAAAGGAUAAAAAUUCGAGAAAUGAUACUGAAAGGACAGAUUCAAGAAGCCAUUGCAUUGAUAAACAGUCUUCACCCAGAACUGCUGGAUACAAACAGAUACCUUUACUUUCAUUUGCAGCAGCAGCAUUUGAUUGAAUUGAUUCGGCAACGUGAGACAGAAGCAGCCUUGGAAUUUGCCCAAACUCAGUUGGCAGAACAAGGAGAGGAAAGCAGAGAAUGCCUGACAGAAAUGGAGCGCACCCUGGCACUGCUGGCUUUUGAUAAUCCUGAAGAAUCACCAUUUGGAGACUUGCUCAACAUGAUGCAAAGGCAGAAGGUAUGGAGUGAAGUUAACCAAGCUGUUCUAGACUAUGAAAACCGUGAAUCUACACCCAAGUUGGCCAAAUUACUGAAAUUACUACUGUGGGCGCAGAAUGAGCUGGACCAGAAGAAAGUCAAAUAUCCCAAAAUGACAGACCUCAGCAAGGGGACAAUUGAAGAACCCAAGUAAAUGUGUGCAGAUGGACACCAAGCAGUUUAAGUUCUGCACAGUAUACUUUAUAUCAGUCUGUGACUGAAAUAUUUUUACUACAGUACAGCACUCAAUUCAGAUUUUUUUUUUCCAAUGAACAUCUUAUUUAAAGGGAGAAUCCCUUUUAAAUGCUGCAAAACUGCAUUGAAAGGCACUGUAUCUCUUGGAAAGUCUGAUUUAGGCUAUGCACUAUAAUACAUAUUUUAAAAACCAACUAAACAAGAACAGAAACAACAUUUUUAAGAGUACAGUACUCGAGGAUUCUAGUUGGCUACUGAUGCUUAGUUUAGUGGCCAACCAGUUAUAUUGGCAACAAUUCAGUUAAGUUUAACUGUCUCCCAUUUGAAAUGUAUAUAGAGCAGUGAAUAUUUUCUACUUUAAGUUAUAGGCAGACGUGUAUUCCCCUUAAAACUAACUACUGGCCAAUUUUCAUCUAUAAACGUAACUUAAGGUCAAUGUCUUGCCUAGGAAAUAGUGUAUAAACUUGUAAAUCAUAAUUUAAGGACUUGUUUCUGACUCUGGUGCUUUAUAUGGUGAGAGUUAUGUUUGCAAUGGAUCAGUGACCCACCUUUUUACAAAAAAAGUAUUGCUGGAAAUAAGUUUCUUUUUAAUUUCAAGAAAGACCAGAAUGGCCUCUUCAAAGCAGGCGUUGCAUUAUAUUUAGUAACUGGGGUUUUUGAUCAGGGAUUUAUUUCCCUGUAUAAAUGUCCACCUUAGACAUUGUUACAAUGUCAGCUGGUUACUACAGCCUUUUGUAAACAAAGGAUGUGAUGCAAUCCCCAGAGAUUGAGGUCCAUUCUAGGCUUGAUUGAGUGUCAGCUUUUGUACAGAAUCUGCCUUUCUACUUGCAGAUUGGCUCUUAACUAUAAGGGAUGUCGUUUGUAAGGCUAGUUAUUCUUGCAUCUUAUGCCUUGGCUGAACAGAACAGUUGUUUGUAAAACCUUUUUCCAUAUCUGUUCCAAGAGAUGUAGAAUUCAUCUUCCCCUGUAAUAUUGGUUGGUUUUUUCCCCACUCCAGUUAGGAAAGUUAUAACAAUAAUUCUUAUCUUACAUGUGAAGCCCUGAUCAUUUUGGGUUGUUUUUUUUUUCAUCUGGGUAUAGAAGGUUUUGCUGUGUGUAUGACUUUUACAGCACGGUGUACUGGUAUAUCCAGUAGUAUUUAGCACUAAUCUUGCCAAAUCAAGAGCUAGAUCCUGUAAAACAGUGCAUUGAAUUGUUGCAAAUGGUAUUGAGUUAUUGCAGAACUGCUGAACAAAGACCAGUUUGGAGGAAAUAGCAGAACAUCACAAUACGCAAUACAAUAUGAAUUAUGUCAUACCAGUCACAUAGCGUAGAUGCUCUAGUCGUGUAUGGUAGCUAUUACCCUGUAGGAUUAAACUUAGUUUUCACUUACUUUACUGGAAUACUUACGCAUUUAACUGUAUAAAGCUUUGCAGAUACAUAUGACUUAGGGAAACAAGCUAACAAAAUCUGUUACUCAUUGCAUUACUGUGAACACCGUUUACUUGUGUAGCUAUUUUCUGGGGAGACAGUUGUCUAUAAAGCAGUUAGAGAGAUACAGAACACCAAGGAUAAGCUAGAUGAUGGGUGUAACAAAAGGAGACUAUGGUUCUGUCCCAUUUUUACUACUGAUCGUUUUGCCACUGAGGCAUUCACCAUGCACAAUUAUUUUAUAAUCCCUACAAAACAGUAGUGAGCUAUCAAUGGCUCCCACCUGCUGUAAUGGGUAGGCUUUACUUCACCCUGGUUGAUUAUUCUAACAGUUUACCUAAAUGUCUAUGAUGUAAAUUUGUUUUCAGUCAGUUGCUUUUUAAAGACCAUGUAUAUUACUCUGUUUGCAAUAAUCUGUAUGGUUAAUAUAACCUUGUUUAAUAACAAACUGCAAAAAUGAAACUGGAACUAGAUUUAAUUUCUUCAUGUACAACUGACAGUUUUUCUCCCAUCUGACCCUUGUGUGCUGAAUCUCAUCUAAAGCUUCUCCAGGAUGAAAUGGAAAGUGCAUUUUUGUGGCAUGACUAGCAUUUUUCUCCAUGAGAAAUGCAGUACUGCAGUCCUGGCUGAGAAGUUCACUAUACUUUUAAAAUGCUCCAUUAAUUAUUAGAGUAUAUUGGGCAGAUACUGAGCAUAGAUUACUUGAAUUUUCACUAGCUUGGUUUUUUUCCAUUAAAAAUAAACAUGUUUUUCUAGGGGGUUUAAUAUAAAAUUUUAGUAUAGGAUUAUUUCACUUUGUUUUUAUGAACAUGCCACAUUGAUAAGCAGCUUUAAUCUGUAAAGUUUUUGGUAACUGCAAGAAAAUAUUUGAAAGCUAUGCAUUUUACAGAAAGCAUAAAGGUAGUCAUAAUGGUACUUCUAAGGAUCUUUAUAUUAGUGUAUAUAAAAUAGUUUGCAUAUACAAAUAUAAUAUAUUAUCUGUUUGAAAUAUUCUGGAAUGGUAGGGGCUGUGAAACAUAACUUAUGGAAAUAUUGUACACCGUAAACAGACCUCUGUCAAUACACGAAUGAAUUUGUCAUAUGCAUGAGAAAUGUCUUAUUUGGUGACUACUAAUGAAUGGGUUUUUGUUAACCCCAUUAUUGUUAGAUAACCACUUUGACAAAUAACAUUAAAUGCCACUUUGAUCAGUUUGCUCUUAGUGUAAAAUAUAUACAGGUAUAUUUUUGUUCCACUUUACAUAUCAUUAAGAAGGUACAAAUAACUUUUGUAUGAAUGGCGUGGCAGCAUCUAUGCUUUGUUCUGAACUCAGUGACGGCAAACAUAUAGUAAUGAAAUGUCAGGAGCUACUCACUCACCCCUCUCCUACCCUCUUCCUUGCCAAAAACAAAGGCUUUUUUGCAUUAAUGCUGUGAACAUAAAGUAGUUGCAUCAUUGUGAAAUAUCCUACCUUGUCCUUUGUAAAAAAGAAAGAAAGAGAAAAAAACCUUGGCAAAUAUAUUCUGAUUAGGAGAUAAACUUUACACCUCUCAGAGUGAUAAAGCUGCCUAAUUAUUUCUACCUCUUGGUAGUUACUAUAUUUCUGUUUUGCCGGUCCAAUUGGAAAGGUACAUUUGUACUUGUGUCUGUUGUACAUUAGAGCCAUUCAUGAAGGGCAGGGAGUGAUGGAUUUCCAUAUAUGUGAAAUACUAAGAGAAGAGCUUUUCUUCCGAAGUACUCAUUACAGAGCUGUCUAACCUCUUGCAUUACCAGGGAAGAACUGGUAGUUGUUGCCUGGAAACCACUAUGAAGGAGAACAUAAGGAUGGAAUUUUUGUCUUGAACUCUUGGAGAAGCAGACAUAACUCAUUAGUAGGAAGCUAUCUGAAAAGCAAACUGAGGUGGAAUCUCGUCUUGAAUAAUGUCUCACUCUCGCAAUUUUAACUUCAACAGCCCAAGCACAUGAGGAAGUUUGUCAGAGUGUGUGUGUGUGUGUGUGUGUGUGUGUGUGUGUGGAUGCAUAUGAAAUUUUUUUUUUUAACCAAACAUGAAGAUAACACUGACAUUUGUUCUUCAGUUGUACUGUCCCAAAUGCUUCUUUUUGUUCAAGCUUUUUUUUUUUGUAAAAUCUCUCUGGUUUGUAUAGUUAAGUGCAAGUUAAACUAUGUUUUUAAAAUUGUGUUUUGCCUCAGCUUAUUUCAAAAUACCUUCUAGCAUGAAGACAUUAAGUUGGAGAGCAGUCUGUGUCACAGAUUUUCUUGAUGGCCCUGGCCUGCAGGCAGCCUUUUUAGGAAUGCCCUUACUAGUUGCCAGGACCUAGUCUUAACUUGGUCCUGUUGUUCUACAACGGGCUUCCAGGCUAGAACACCCUUGCUUGUUAUGGCUGCAAAGCAACUCCAUGUGGGUUCAAAAUCCUUUUUGGGAGUUCUACGUCUUAAAGAAAUGAUGCAGCCAGUAAGUAUUUGCAGCAAUGCAGCCUGGCCUUUUCAAAACAAGCCAGCAGCUAUUAACAUGUAGAGUCCUUAGGCUGGUAUGAAGCAGCCAAAUUUAACCAGAGCAGUCCCUUUACGUACAGAGCCAGGAGAGUGUUGGGGUGUUUUCUCCCCAGUGGUAGUAUCAUCAUGACAAUAAAUCAUCUGUCAUCAGAGGAAGCCACUUAAAACAUUUGUUGCCCCUAUCCAUAUAUAUGGAUUUAGUUUGGUACUUGAGUACACAUUUGUACUAACCCAAUCAUGUUCAGGAGCUAGUGAUACAAAGCCAGUGUGUAAAUUGUCAUAAAUGGGUCAAAAAAGUUCCCACGCUUGUUACAUCCAAAUAUUUCUAUCUGGACAAGUACUUCCUAAUGGGGUUUUUUUUAAUGUGAAAGUGAUGAUUUGUAAGGGUUGCUUUACCUGGAAUAUUACUGUUCUAGAGCAAAUAAAAACUUACAU